UUGCAGAGCUGGCAGGUUAAAUACACCACUACAGUAUCACAUAAGAGGGAAUACAGACACGGAGAGCCAAGAGCUCCCUUUUAAGUAGGCUAAAUAUUUAAUUGAAUUUGGUUGAUGGUGCAACAUGGUAAAACAUUUUUUUGUUUUGUAAUUGUACUGAAAUUGAAUUAAAAAAACGUUUAACUGAAUGAAGAAGCACUGAACUGGAGAGCUAGGAAGAAAAAACGAAUUCCCAAGCGAGGAAAUACGCGGGACGUGGUUUUUAGCAUGAUCUCUUUUGAAUUGACCCUAGCUUACUCGAUAUUCUGCAAUCAAUUACAAGUAUUUGAGGACGACGUCGUAACAUUUUGGUAAUGGCCACACCGUCGGUUGUUGAUUACCAUCAUGAGAAGGAGGAGGAUACGGCGAAGGUGCCGGAUGAAGAGCUCCGGGCCCGCCUUUCCGACUGACGCUUCUCCCUCCCUGUACCAUCGAAGCUCCCUCCGCUACUACUACCUUUCUGAACUGCCUUAACACAGUCAGCUGUGGAAGAUCGUACCCGAAGUCAAUACCAGCUACAUUUGUUUUGUUUUUAAAUAGUAUUUGAGAUGAUCUUUAAUGAAAAGCGCUAUCUAAAAUAAAUGUACUAUUUUUAAACAGAAAUAGAGUUCCAGGUCACACUUUAUUUGUUUAGUUCCAAAUAAAUGAUUUACAGCCAGGCAUACUUUCGACCAACGAGCUGUUGAUAACUGCUUGCUAUGGUUAUGGUUCGCUUAGAAUUCGUGUAAGGGUUACGUUUAGGGCUGGGGUUAGGAUAAGGGCAUGGCUUAGGGUUAGUAGAUAGCGGUAGUUAGUUGACAUGUUGACCGUUAUUGAACAUCUACAAACCAUCUACUUGGGACUAUCCAAAUAAUGUGUUACCGAAAUCCAUUCUAAACCCUGCAUAAUGGCAUUCUGCAGAUAUGGGACAUAAAGAAUCCCAUUUCUAUGCGACCGGGAGGGUCACAAUGCCGACGCUUCACAUGGAACUCCAGAACCCAAGAGAUAUAUGUCCAGAACUCUCAAGAAAUCUUCAGUUCUUGAUCGACAAAACAACGAGAGAUAAAGCAUUAGCGAGAGAGACAGCAUUAUGGCGAGCUUUUCAUUCAUUCUCCCUGAAGACGGACAUUGUUCUUUUAAAGACAACGACGUUAACUCAGGGUGGAUCUCAAUGGUGACCCAACUCAACACCCUUGAAGGUCCAGAGUCAGAGAGUCAGAACAUCCGUCUGAGCUUUGCAAAGGUACUUGGCGACAAGUACCACUACGCGAAUGCCAUCGACAGCUCUCUGCUCUGGACUGUUGGGUACACCCCCUACAUUCCCCCAGCUCUGAAAGGAAGAAGCUUCCCCUCUGUCAAGAGCUUCUUCCUGGAUGAGUGGGAGCCACUGACACUCCUGCAGACUCCUCAGGUUCUGUCCACCAUUGUUUCCACCGAGGAAGACAACCUGAUCCAGUCUGCUGCAGGCCUAGUGUCUCUGGUUCUGUCCACCAGUGUUGCCAUCGUGGAGAAUUACCUGAUUCAGUCUGCUGCAGGCCUAGUGUCUCAGGUUCUGUCCACCAGUGUUGCCAUCGUGGAGAAUGACCUGAUCCAGUCUGCUGCAGGCCUAGUGUCUCAGGUUCUGUCCACCAGUGUUGCCAUCGUGGAGAAUGACCUGAUCCAGUCUGCUGCAGGCCCAGUGUCUCAGGUUCUGUCUACCAGUGUUGCCAUCGUGGAGAAUGACCUGAUCCAGUCUGCUGCAGGCCUAGUGUCUCAGGUUCUGUCCACCAGUGUUGCCAUCGUGGAGAAUGACCUGAUCCAGUCUGCUGCAGGCCCAGUGUCUCAGGUUCUGUCUACUAGUGUUGCCAUCGUGGAGAAUGACCUGAUCCAGUCUGCUGCAGGCCUAGUGUCUCAGGUUCUGUCUACCAGUGUUACCGUUGUGGAGAAUGACCUGAUCCAGUCUGCUGCAGGCCUAGUGUGUCUGGUUCUGUCCACCAUUGUUACCAUCGUGGAGAAUGACCUGAUCCAGUCUGCUGCAGUCCUAGUGUCUCAGGUUCUGUCCACCAGUGUUUCCAUCGUGGAGAAUGACCUGAUCCAGUCUGCUGCAGGCCUAGUGUCUCAGGUUCUGUCCACCAGUGUUGCCAUCGAGGAAGACAACCUGAUCCAGUUUGCUGCAGGCCUAGUGUCUCUGGUUCUGUCCACCAGUGUUACCAUCGUGGAGAAUGACCUGAUCCAGUCUGCUGCAGUCCUAGUGUCUCAGGUUCUGUCCACCAGUGUUUCCAUCGUGGAGAAUGACCUGAUCCAGUCUGCUGCAGGCCUAGUGUCUCAGGUUCUGUCCACCAGUGUUGCCAUCGAGGAAGACAACCUGAUCCAGUCUGCUGCAGGCCUAGUGUCUCAGGUUCUGUCUACCAGUGUUGCCAUCGUGGAAAAUGACCUGAUCCAGUCUGCUGCAUUCCUAGUGUCUCAGGAGCUGUCUACCGGUGUUGUCAUCGUGGAGAAAGACCUCAUCCAUUCUGCUGCAAACCUAAUGUCUCAGGAUAAUGACUCUACACUGAGAGACUCCAACCAACCUGAGAUCCACGUGGAUGAUGUCUCAACCAAGAGAAGUAGACUUACCAUCACUAUUUCUAUGGUUUCAACCAAGAGUUGCCUUGUUGCUUUACAUGAAGUUGAUGCUAGUCCUACAAGCCUGGAGCAAUCUGCAGAGAAAAUGUCUACUUCUACUACUGAUGUCAACGACAUCUCAACUGCGGCUGCCAAUAAGAAGAGGUGUGGAUUAUUCUCAUUUGUCUGGAGAGCUCUCAGGGGGAAGAACAAGAAGCCUCUAAGCUAAAUUGUCUUCCAAGAGGACGAAAUCAACAAGGAUGUGAGCAGCCUCACCUGCGACCACAACACUACACAGGGAGAUCACUGAUGCAGGCACCCAUAAUGGUGUUCCUAUGUUUUAUCCCACUUUGUCUUCAUCCCCAAAUCCUUUCCCCUACCCCACCCCACCCAUCUUCAGUGAACCUUUUGUCAUUGCAUUUGAUUGUGCUUUGUCUUCCAUUGGGAUCACUGUCAUUGAAAAGGGAAGGGGUUUCGUAGUUCAACUACUUGUCAAUAAAUCACUGGUUAACUUCAAAUUGAGACAACCGAGGCAAAGACGAUGUUGCUAAUGCGAUCAGUUAUAUCCACAUUUUCCUGGAGAAUAACAGGCAUUCUCGCUCAGGGCCUCAAGAUGGAGUAGUAAGCACAAUUAUAAUGGUUCCCCUCAUAAUGAUGCUUUUAUCAGCUGUUGGAUAUGGGGAUAUUCCCAUAUUAGGAAUUCCUGUGGGAGAUUUAUACCGGUGAAUAAGUAUGAUAAUUGGACAUGGAUUUUCUAUGGCUACUGAGUAUUUCCAUCAUAUGAUUGUAGCCUAGGUUAUGAUUCUGUUAUGAUGAGGUUAACAAUGCAGUUGUCUCCUUAGACAUGACUGACUCAUGGUAUUGAAAUCUAUUACACCACAUUGAUGCAUCAUGAAAUAACCCAUGUGUGUAGGAGUUUAACCACAGGCUUAAUGUAGCCAAGGUGUCCAUGUAAUGCAAGUGUGCUUUCUGUUUGUUCUUUGUGAGCUAUUGCCAGAUGAAUAUAUAUAACAGAUGAUAUGACAUGGCUAUAGUUGAUGUUUUCCCUCAUUUUUCAAACCACCACCAACAAACACCAACCCUGUUCUCAAUUAAAUGCACUAUUCCAUUCUAUUUCUGAAGCUACAAAA